GCGCCACUGCCAUCACUGUCUCCCACUCGCCUCUUCCCCCCCCCCCCCGUCCUAGCAACGGAAGCGGAAGUGCAAUAUGAGGGGAGAAUGAGGAGCCUCCGCCUACUGGGGCCGGGAGGAAGCACGCGCCGGGCUGCAGAGGGCCGCCGUGGCACUUCUGAGAGUUGCUGCUGCUUCCAAGGGUACUGAGAAGUCCUGGAGAGACGCACCUGCAGUCGAGACGAUGGGAACUGUAGUUCAGGAUUUUGUCUCGCACCAGCUGGUGUUGUUACAGGAAGAAAGAGAGGCCGAGAUAUCGGAAGCCAGGGUGUGGCAGGAAAGUAUCUCCUUGAAAGAACUGCAGCGCAGAGGAGUCUGCUUGCUGAAGCUUGAAAUAGCCAGUCAGAGAACUGGGUUGUAUGGCCAGCUGCUUGUAACUUUCCAGCCUAGAAAGCAUGGCUCGGAACUUUCAGAGCUGCCUUGUAACCGUUUUGGGCCUGGUGACAUUGUGGGGCUAUAUGAAAUGGAUGGCCAAAAGGAUCAACUGGCCACAGGAAUUGUCACCCGCAUGGCCCCCAAGUUAAUUACAAUUGCAGUUGAUGAGCCCCAUAAUAGCCCUGUGAGCCUGGACCAAGAGAAUUCUUAUCGUCUGCUGAAACUUACCAAUGAUGUUACGUAUAAGAGACUUAAAAGGGCUUUAAACACACUCAGUCAGUAUCACUCUGGCCCAUCAUCUGGUCUUAUUGAUGUCCUCUUUGGUACUUCUGAACCUAGUGACUCCAGUGAUACAAGGCUACUGAAGUUCUACAAUGAAUCACUGGAUGCCUCCCAGAAGGAGGCUGUUCAGUUUUCAUUGGCACAGAAGGAGCUUUCUAUCAUCCAUGGACCACCUGGAACAGGCAAAACAACAACUGUGGUCGAAAUAAUACUCCAAGCUGUGCAGCAAGGCCUGAAAGUCCUGUGCUGUGCUCCAUCUAACAUUGCUGUGGACAACUUGGUUGAAAAACUUGCUGGCCAUAAGGAGCGGAUACUACGCCUUGGUCACCCAGCUCGCCUUCUGGAGUCAAUACAGCACCAUUCCCUGGAUGCAGUCUUGGCACGUGGGGAUAAUGCCCAGAUUGUAGCAGAUAUCAGAAAGGAGAUAGACCAAGCAUUUGCAAAAACAAAAAAGACCCAUGACAAAGGAGAGAGAAGCCAUUUUCUAAAUGAGAUUAAGACGCUGAGGAAAGAACUGAAGGAGCGAGAGGAAAUCGCUAUGUCUGAAAUCCUGACACGGGCUAAUGUUAUUCUUGCAACAAACACAGGUUAGAUAA